AUGGCGGGUCCGUGCUCUCUGGGUUGCCACCCUGCUUCUUGUGCAGGCAAUCGCCAGGACAGGUGGAGCGACUCUUCGCUUCUGGAGAAGCGGCUGUCAGAGUGCUCGAUCCGCCACCAGCUGCUUCAGCAGUGGGCGAGCAUGUCGAGCGCGGUCGCGUCGGAAGCGGAGCCGGAGCGGUGCGAGAAGGCCGCCGCGGCGGCCGGGGACUACCCGCUAGUGUUCCUGUGCGCGCGCUGUCGCCGGCCGCUGGGCGACUCUCUCACCUGGGUGACCAGCCAGGAGGACAAGAGCUGCAUCCUUCUAAGCUGUGUGUCCUCUAAUGUGUCUGUGGAUAAAGAACAGAAACUGUCCAAGUGCAAAGGUGAAGACGGUUGCAUUCUUGAGACUCUGCACUGCACAGGCUGCUCCUUGAACCUCGGCUAUGUGUACAAAUGCACGCCCAAGAGCCUAGACUACAAGAGGGACUUGUUCUGCCUCAGCGUGAAAGCCAUUGAAAGUUACACCUUAGGGUCCUCUGAGAAGCAGAUCGUGCCGCAAGACAAGGAGCUGUUCAGUCUGGAGAGCAGAGUGGAAAUAGAGACGUCUAUAAAGCAGAUGGAAGAUGUUCUGAGAGCCUUGGAGACAAAGCUAUGGGAGGUUGAAUCAAAACUGACCGCUGCUGGCCGCUGACCAUAGCUGAGCUGUGUUCCAUAUCCC